AUGCUAGAUAGAUUUCCUCCUGAAAUAUUAGAAAAUGUGCUAGAGUACCUGGGUCAAGAGGAAAAAGUCUCCUUGACUUAUGUUUCACGUAUCCUAUAUAAACAUUCGAUCCCUUCACUAUACAGACAUUUGCUAUUAAAUGACUGUUAUUACUUCCCUUGUCAAUUGGAUCCAACUAUAGGUACCAGACAUUGGUCAGUUUUAUAUCUAUCCUACAAUUACAAUUCUUCCAAAAGGAAAGAAUUAGCUAAUAGGAAGUACCUGACUCUAAUUAGAAGUUUAGAGUCAAAUCCAGAAAAAUUAUGCCCAUUGAUAUAUUCUUUACAUCUGGAAUGGCAUAUCAAUGAUUCAUUAUUAUCAAGAUUUUUAAAAGUUAUAAUUGACCACGCAGUCAAUCUUAAAUCAGUGGAAAAUUUCAUAAAAAAAUACAUAGGUAUUACACUAAUGAAAAAUAAAUCAAAUUUAGAAUCGUUAAAUUUAUUCCCUCCGGAUUCAUAUCCAGUAGAAGGUGGUGCAUCUCCUGCAUAUUUCAAUGGAUUGCGUGGUUUACUAAAAACUUAUUCGUUUGAUCAUGUUAAGAAUUUAAACGUCCAUGUCAAUUGUCGAACCUUUUUCAAACCUUUGAAGAAUCCUUUGAAAAUAGAGUCUCUAUGUCUGAACCUACGACACGAUACAUUUGAUACAGAUCCAUUAGCAACUGCUAUAAGAACAAAUUAUUAUGAUAUAUUCGAUGUGGAUACUUUAAAGGAAUUGGAAAUUUUGUCAUGGUAUAGUGACGGUGACACCGAUUGGGAAACUUUACACAUGCUAUAUGAUUUAUGGGGGUUAAGAGAUUUUGGUAAAUUUAAUAACAUUGAAAACUUCACCAUAUUACAAUUACUUUAUAAUGAACAAUAUUUGACGUUUUUCCUAAAGUCAUUUCAUAAUUUGAAAAGAGUGAAGCUGGACUAUUUAGAUUAUAUUGACGGUACCUUUGUUAAAUCAGAACAAAUUGAUCUGCUAGGGAGAUUAGGCUGUUCAAAAUCUUUAAGAUAUAUCGAUUUGCAUAUGACAAAAUUAGAACCUAAACUUCUCGAAAUACAUCAUUUUGAGAAUCUUUCAGUCUUUGAGAUAAAUAUGUCAUGCAAGUGUAGUGACUGUGGUGACACUUUAAAAAAUGUUAUAUUAAAAAAAUACUUCCCAACAAAAGAUACAUUUACAGUCAAUGGUUUUAGUCAUUUACACAAGAGGGACUUUUUUUUACAAAUAUUUAAACUUUUCCCAAUAUUCCCAUAUUAUCCAUUUGUCGACAGCCAUCCAACUAUAGGGUAUAAUUCCAUGCCAUUAAAUCAUCAUGUCGAAGGUGUGAAUAAGUUGCUUAACUAUGAACCAAAUGAUGUGAAAUACAUUACCGAACAAGAUAUAAUAAAGAUAUAUCAUGCCAUGCUGCAUUCAAUGAGAAAGUCAUUCGAUAGCUUUCUUCAGAAAUUCCCAAACUUAGAAUAUUUAAUUUUGAAUGGUGUUGCAACUAAAGUAUUACAGGUCGAUGAACAUCAAAGAUGUAAUAUGCCGUUGUUCUACUGCAACGGCUACAAGAGUAAUCAAGUGUAUGAACUAGUGAGUGAUUCAUUGUUUGACUAA